AUGGAUAUGAAAGUAAAGCUUUUUGGAGGUCUUGCAGCCACAUUUGCAGCAUCAGCCAUAUAUUUAUUUUUCAAGGAAAACAACAAAUCACUCAACUAGAAGAUGUUUGAUUAGAUAAAUAAACUUAAGAACUACAUUGAAAAUCAUUUUUAUGAAUGCACCAAAGAAAAUCUAUCCUAAAAGUUGGAGGACAGAAAGGAUUUCAUCAAUCUCUUAAAUGAAGUAGCCAGUAAUUUCUUUGACAUUGACAGAGUAAAUGAUGAAAUUAGUCGACAUCCUUAUUUCAAAUAGUUUGCUGGGAUUAAUCAGUAGGUUCAUCUAUUCAAUUAAGAAUACACAUCGCUAUAUUUAAGAAAGUAAUUGAUAUCCCCUUAUCCCUCUAGGAACUCCCUUGAUGCCGUAUAAAAUGGUCUCAAUAUGAUUGUAAGCAAACAUCGACUACUGAAAUAAGAAUAGCCUCAAUUAUCAGAGAACACCUAGAAGUUUAUCAAUUUCUUUUACCUGGUGCUUAUUAAUUUAGUAAAACUAAUCGAGGAAACACUCUUAGAUUUGGAAGACAAACAUGCUUUAAUAUAAAUGAAUUUCUACUUGGCAGGAUUAUUGGAUUAAAUAGAAUAAAUAUUAAGACAAUAUCCAUUGUUGUCAAAUCUCUUUGGAAUAGCACUCUUGGGUCAAUUGUAAUUAAAUGAUCCCUAAAUUGGUUUUGGACAUAAAUGUGAUGAUAAUUUCUUUAAUGCUAAAAUAGAAGAUGCAAAUUCCAAUCAAAAUUGCACAUGUCUCAUCUUUGAUGCACUUAUACGUUACGUCUCAUUGAUAACUCCAACUUUAUAGAAGAAAUUCAUCACCAUUUUAGUUGAUUAUCAGAUCUUGUCAACAAAGGAUCAUUUGGUCCAGUUGGGAUAGAUUCUCUUAAAAAAUUAAUUCUUUUUGAAUAGUCAGAUUAGUAAAGUAGAAAUGUAUUAUGCCACAGAUGUAAGUGUUUUUAAUCAUUUACUCAUAUAAGCUAUUGCUUAUAAGGAAGUAAGAUAAGAAUUAAUCAAACCAGAUUUGUUGGAUUUAUAUUUUCUUUAUACUGAAAGAGUUAUUGCACAAAAUAACCCUAAAUUUAUAGCCAAGAUAUUAAGUAGUCUUAUCGCUUCUCAUGUUAUGAUUUAUCCUCUUUUUGGAGAUGAAGAAUUUCUGGCUUAAAUGAUAAAUAAUGAAAAACAAUAAACAUUAGUUGUAGUCCACUUUCUAGGAUUGUUAUUGAUUUUGGAAACUAAAGACACUAUAGAUGUUAAAGAAAAUCAGAAUGUCUAGAUGUUGGAUUGGCUAGCAUAGAAUAUGGACUUCAUGCUUGCAGUUGAAGUGUUGUCCUAUUUACAAAAAUAAUUCAUCUUGAGAAUAUUUAGAAGCAAAGUCAGUGACAUUCCAUUGUUAAUGAAACAAUAUCUGUAAUGCUUGCGUGUCACUCACAAUAAGAGAAUUCAAUAAAGAAUGGCUUAGAAGAAGUAGUUUGAUGUUAAUGCAAUACUCUAAUAAAUGAUAGGAUAUUUGACAGCCAUUUAGGUUACAGAAUUACCAUCCAAAGACUCUUUCACAAAGAUUAUCAGUUUGAUUCCAUUCUAAGAUUAGAAUGAACAAUCGAACAUAUUUUCUAAUAUUCUGCGUAUCAUUUUUGAUCUUCCAACUAUUAACUUCCAUUUCUUGAAGUUUGUGUUAGAUAAAUGUGAGAAAGUAUCAAAAGAGUCAAUUAUGAGUUAUAAUGGGUAUUAUUCUCAUAUUUUGACUGCUUAAACAGUUUCAUUUGACUCUUAUAUGUUCUCCAUCCAAUUGUCAUUGUUAUUUGGUAGACCUGAAGCUUUGCUAGGUGAAAUCAGUGCUCGAAUGAAGAAUGAUUUUACUAAUUUCGAAAGAUAUGAAGAUUUCCUCACUAGAGAUAUCAUAUUACUAAUAGAUUUAUUAGAAAAUCCAUAUUAUUGCAUGAAUGUUCUCAUGUAAACUGGAUCAGAAUUCCCUUAGAAAUAAGAGAUAGUGACAUAGUUGUACUAAUACUCUGCAAUAUCAAUUUUGAAAUUGAACGAUCAGAUGACGUAGCUCUAAUUGUAGGAGACAUUGCAAUUGUUCAUCCACAUUUAAGAAUUACCUCAAUACAUUAAGGAUCUAAUUGAAGAUGGGUAGGAUGGCAAAGUCAAAUUGAAGCAAGAAUACUCAGAAAAUUGGCCUUACUUGAACUUAUAAAAGGAUAUGGAAUCAGUCAAGUACUUCUUGAGCAAGACUUCUGCUCCCUUUGAUGAAUUAAUGUAUGCUCCGGAUUCGUUCCCCUUUUUAUUUGAAUUGAGAUAACAGGUGUACGAAUGCGAACCAUUUAUAAAGAUUAUUGAGUUGGCUUUGCAAUCAAAAGAUAGGAUGAAAUUGUAUGUUUGGAUUGGUAAGUUGGUUUACUAUGCAAAAUAAAUCUUGUUGAAGAAGGGAUCAAGCAAGUUGGAAUAAUUGUUUGCUUUAGAAGAAUGCAAGUCCUUUAUCCAAGAGUUGUCGGAUAAGGAAGGGUGUAACAAAUUAGUACAAUACCUUUAACAGUGA